AUGAGUGACUACAGUGAUCCUCAAUUAACGCCAAAUGGAAAGGUGUCCAAAGCGAAAAAGGGAAAGCCCGUUCAUGUUUGCUCGGAAUGUCAAAAAGUAUAUACUAGAGCGGAACAUCUAAGACGGCAUCAAACCUCCCACCAAGAACCACAAUAUCAAUGCCAAAUUUGCGAAAGACGCUUUCAUAGAAGGGAUUUGCUAGAGAGACAUUUUAGACGACACGAAGGGGAAAUCGAGCAUACACAAGACGAGUACCACCAGCAAUAG